AUGGCCACACCGCCACGAAAACCUCGCAACCGUGAAAUGCUCUUCGACUCCGUCAUCGCUCUCGUCUUCAUCCUCGUCGCUUGCGUCGACUUCUGUGACGGCGCUACUGUUGUUGACGUCUACCGCCUUAUCCAAUACGAUAUCUCCGGUGUUCCGUUCGGAUCUCGACUCGCGAGCCUCAAUCACCACGCCGCUUCUCUCCAUUUCUCUCCUCACGCCGAUCUCUCGCGCACUGUUCUUCUUAUUCCUCUUCGUGAACUCAACAUGUCCUUUGUUCAAGAGUAUAUUGUUGCUGGCAAGCCUCUGGGGGGUUUAAUAUUUUUGCUGCCUCAGAUGUUCAAUUUUGAAAGUAAAGAUGGUGCGGGAAGUAAUGGUGACGAUGGGAGCAAGGAACUGCUGAAGAGUAUGCUGGCUGAGCUUGAACAAAUACUUAUACACGCCAACUUACCUUAUCCUGUUUAUUUUGCUUUUGAGGAUGACAACAUUGAUGCUGUGUUAUUGGAUAUCAAGAAGAAUGAUGCUUCUGGUCAGCCUGCCACUGCAACUACUGGGGGGUACAAAUUUGUUGUCUCAGCCACUGAGCCAAAAAAAGUUGGAUCUCCACCCAUUACAAAUAUUCAGGGAUGGUUGUCAGGGCUGAAGACAGAUGGUGAUUCACAUCAAUUACCAACCAUUGCGAUAGUGGCAUCAUAUGACACCUUCGGGGCUGCACCGGCAUUAUCAGUGGGAAGCGAUAGUAAUGGAAGUGGCAUUGUGGCUCUUCUCGAAGUAGCUAGAUUGUUUUCUCUUCUAUAUUCUAAUCCGAAGACAAGAGGACAAUACAAUUUGCUUUUUGGACUGACGUCUGGUGGGCCUUACAACUACAACGGAACCCGUAAGUGGCUUCAGAGCUUUGAUCAACGUCUGCGUGAGACCAUUGACUAUGCGAUUUGCUUAGAUACUAUUGGCUCAUGGGAAAAUGAAUUAUGGAUUCAUGUAUCUAAACCUCCAGAAAAUGCCUUUAUUAAGCAAAUUCUAGAAGAUUUUUCAAGUGUUGCAGAAGAGUUGGGUGUCCAAGUUAAUCUGAAGCAUAAGAAAAUAAAUAUUUCAAAUCCUCGAGUAGCUUGGGAGCAUGAACAGUUUUCAAGGCUGAGAGUUACGGCUGCUACCCUCUCUGAACUCUCUUCAGCACCUGAAUUGCUAGAGAGCACUGGUGGUUUACUUGAUGGCAGGCAAUUUGUCAAUGAAGCGGCAAUUGUCAGAAGUGUGAAACUAAUUGCAGAGUCUCUUGCGAAGCAUAUUUAUGGGCAUCAAGGAAAGAAUGUACAGAUUUUUGCGGACAACAGUAACUUGGCUGUAAAUCCUUCAUAUGUUAGAUCAUGGUUAGAUGUUUUGUCGCAAACACCUCGAGUUGCACCAUUUUUAUCAAAAGAUGAUCCUUUUAUUACGGCAUUGAAAAAGGAAUUAGAAGAUCAUACAGAUGAAGUCAAUGUGCAAAGAGAAAUACUAGAUGGGAUGUUCACUUUCUAUGAUUCAACUUCAGCAAAGUUGAACAUAUAUCAGGUUGCCAGUGUCACAUUUGACUUACUGUUGCUUCUAGUUUUGGGAUCAUAUUUAAUCGUCCUCUUCAGUUUCUUGGUCAUCACUACUAGGGGUCUUGAUGAUCUAAUCAGUUUAUUUCGACGGCCUCCUUCUAGAAAAGUGAAGACUGCAUAA